AUGCUUGCUGUCCCAGAGCUGGGCCUACAGGGACUGUACAUCGAAAAAGUUCCUGAGAGUAUCUUAUAUUUGCAGAAGCCUGAGGCUCGAACCCCCCAGCAGGCCUCCUUCUCUGUGGUAGUGGCCAUCGACUUUGGUACCACAUCCAGUGGUUAUGCCUUCAGCUUUGCCAGUGACCCUGAGGCCAUCCACAUGAUGAGGAAAUGGGAGGGUGGGGACCCAGGUGUUGCCCACCAGAAGACCCCCACCUGCCUGCUGCUGACCCCGGAGGGAGCCUUUCACAGCUUUGGCUACACCGCCCGCGAUUACUACCACGACCUAGACCCUGAGGAGGCGCGGGACUGGCUCUACUUCGAGAAGUUCAAGAUGAAGAUCCACAGCGCCACUGAUCUCACCUUGAAGACCCAGCUGGAGGCUGUAAAUGGAAAGAAAAUGCCUGCCCUAGAGGUGUUCGCCCAUGCCCUGCGCUUCUUCAAGGAGCAUGCCCUUCAGGAGCUGAGCGAGCAAUGCCCAUCGCUGCCAGGAAAGGACACUGUACGCUGGGUGUUGACGGUGCCCGCCAUCUGGAAACAGCCAGCCAAGCAAUUCAUGCGGGAGGCUGCCUACCUGGCUGGCCUGGUGUCUAGAGAGAAUGCAGAGCAACUACUCAUUGCCCUGGAGCCUGAGGCUGCCUCUGUCUACUGCCGCAAGCUGCGUCUGCAUCAGCUCCUGGACCUGAGCAGCAGGGCCCCAGGCAGUGGGCGCCUGGGUGAACGCCGUUCAAUCGACUCAAGCUUCCGGCAAGCCCGUGAGCAGCUGAGAAGGUCUCGACACAGCCGCACAUUCCUGGUGGAGUCGGGGGUCGGAGAGCUGUGGGCAGAGAUGCAAGCAGGAGACCGCUACGUGGUGGCAGACUGCGGGGGAGGCACGGUGGACCUGACAGUGCACCAGCUGGAGCAGCCACAUGGCACCCUCAAGGAGCUUUACAAGGCGUCAGGCGGCCCCUAUGGCGCGGUGGGCGUAGACCUGGCUUUCGAGCAGCUUCUGGGUCGCAUCUUCGGCGAGGACUUCAUUGCCACCUUUAAAAGGCAACGGCCAGCAGCCUGGGUGGAUCUGACCAUCGCCUUCGAGGCCCGCAAACGCACGGCAGCUCCGCACCGUGCGGGGGCGCUCAACAUCUCGCUGCCCUUCUCCUUCAUCGACUUCUACCGCAAGCAGCGAGGCCACAACGUGGAGACGGCCCUGCGCAGGAGCAGCGUGAACUUCGUGAAGUGGUCCUCACAGGGGAUGCUCAGGAUGUCUUGCGAGGCCAUGAACGAGCUCUUCCAGCCCACGGUUAGUGGGAUCAUCCAGCAUAUAGAGGCACUGCUGUCUCGGCCUGAGGUGCAGGGCGUAAAGCUGCUGUUCCUGGUGGGCGGCUUCGCCGAGUCAGCAGUGCUGCAGCACGCGGUGCAGGCGGCGCUGGGUACCCGCGGCCUGCGCGUAGUGGUACCGCACGACGUGGGCCUCACCAUCCUCAAGGGCGCGGUGCUGUUUGGGCAGGCGCCAGGCGUGGUGCGUGUGCGCCGCUCGCCGCUCACCUACGGUGUGGGCGUGCUCAACCGCUUUGUGGCUGGUCGCCAUCCGCCAGACAAGCUACUGGUCCGUGACGGCCGCCGCUGGUGCACCGACGUCUUUGAGCGUUUCGUGGCUGCAGAGCAGUCGGUAGCUCUGGGCGAGGAGGUGCGGCGCAGCUACUGCCCCGCGCGCCCAGGCCAGCGGCGCGUGCUCAUCAACCUGUACUGCUGCGCCGCGGAGGACGCGCGCUUCAUCACCGACCCGGGUGUGCGCAAGUGCGGUGCGCUCAGCCUUGAGCUCGAGCCCGCGCCCGCCGACGGCAGCCCGGAUGCUGCCGGCGCGCCCCCCGGCCGCCGCGAGAUCCGCGCCGCCAUGCAGUUUGGCGACACCGAAAUUAAAGUCACCGCCGUCGACGUCAGCACCAAUCGCUCUGUGCGCGCCGCCAUUGACUUUCUUUCCAAUUGAGGGCGCGCAGGCGCGGUGCCAGCCCCUCUCUGCCCGGCCCCGCCCCCUUAUGGUUACGGGCUCUGGGGAGCCGGCGGGGGCGGACUAAAGUCUUUGUUCUGUCAGCGCCCUUUACCCCGUCUGCCUGUCCGGGGAGAUGAGGUCGCAGGAGGGUGGGUGGGGACACAUCCAGAGACUCUGGCUUCGGGGUUGGGCCCCAGUCCGCUGAUUGUAAGGCGGAAGGGCCCUGCCAAGGGCUGGAGUCAAGUGCGCCCACAGAGAACACGUCACUCUGAAGGCAGAAUGCAUCAGAAGACUGGGUCCUGGCCUUGGCUGGGGCUGGGGGUGGGGAGGGUGGAGACAGUAGGGAGGGAAAUGCCAAACAAGGCUGCCCCCCAGGCAGUAGGAGGAAGGAGGUUUGCAGGGCUCAGUGCACCGCUUGUGGGCUCGGCCCACACAGGCAUCCAGACGGAGCAGCCCUGUACCACCGAAAAAUGACUAGAAGCUGACACAAGAGGGACAGAGGUAGCAGGACCUCCCCGGGUGUGAUGCUGACCACCCACGUAUUGUAGAUAGGGCAGUAGUAGGCUAAUGAGGGUACAGGGUGAAGGCACUUAUGAGGGCUAUGGGGGUAGCAUGCUGUGGGGCUAGCUUUCCUUCAUGCCAGAUGACCCACUUAAACCCUAUCCCAGCCAUAGAAGGCAGGGCAGUAGGGAGGACAAAAGGAACACUGAGUACUGGUGUCAGCGCUGCCUGUCAACUUAGCGUGCCCUUAUGCCUGCCCACAACAUGCAACAGCCCUACCUGCCUAAGGUGACAAUAAAACAAUGUUCAAGGUGAAGCCACAGCCUGCUGUAUUUCACAAAAGCGGACCCCAGUAGUGUAGUGGAGGAGGCCUGGGAACUGUGCAUGGGGCUAGGAACUGACCAGAAGGGGGUGCUGCUGUCUCCCUGUCAAGCAUCCCAAACAGAACUCAUAAGAUCUCUCUCUGGCCUGGGCGGAAGGCCCCUCCCCAUCCAAACUGUCUUGGCAACUAUUCCCAAACCUAAAAUGCCACCACCUGUAGGUCUUUGUAGGCUAG